ACGGCGGCUCCGCCCACGUGGGGAGGAGCCCCGGUGGCCUCUGCUGCCCCGAGCAGGCUGCGCGUAAGGCAGGGAGAGAGGCGCCUAGCUUACCAGGAAGUGACUCUUCCUCUGAGGCAGCAAGCCGGGCCGUCCGCUGAUCUUUUCGUUUGCCGCCUCAGAUUACUAAGAGAAUUUAUUAGUCACGAAGGGAAGUUUUAUAGGUUGGAGAUACUGAAUCAUGAAGAAGCCAAGUGACAUGCUUCAAAUCGUAGCCUGAGGAAAGGCAGUGAUACACAUUGAACACCUGCUGAACACUUCAUAUACAUGUAUUCUCACCACAAUUCUGAAAGGUGAAAAAAGGGAAGGUCAGAGGGAAUGCUUACCAUGCCACCUAUCUAGUAAAUAUUGGAGUCAGAAAGCCCAGGCCAGUACUGAGGAUUAAACCUAGGGCCUUGUAUAUGCUAGGCAUUAAGAGGAGUCCUAAUGUACAGUCUGAGAUGCUUCCUCUCCAGAGUGGGUCUCUUCUCCAAACCAGGACUGCUUCCCUGGUAUGCCAGAAAACCAUCAGAUUGGUCACAGCCCUUUUGGGGCACAGCAUGUAAAGGAAAUUUCAGCCAUGGGAUAUCCAAGAAGUGUCCAAGAGGUCAAAAAAGUUGUGAGAAACCAACUUAUCUUGGACCACUUGAUGGUUCCUGGCAGGAAAGGCUGGCUGAUGUUGUGACACCACUCUGGAGGCUGAGCUAUGAAGAACAACUCAAGGUGAAAUUUGAAGCUCAGAAGAAAAUUUUACAAAGGCUAGAGUCUUCCCUACAAAUGCUCAAUAGAGUCAAUGGUACAAUCACUGCACCCAAAUCUGAGGGGCUCUGUUGUCUUCUCCAUCCUGUUAUACCCUCUCCUAUCAUCAAUGGUUACCGAAAUAAGUCCACCUUCUCUGUGAACCAAGGCCCAGAUGGGAAUCCAAAGACUGUGGGGUACUACGUGGGAACUUGGAGAGAUGGGAACAUCGUCUGUGUACAGCCUAACCAUCUGAAAAACAUCCCUCAGAAACACAAUCAAGUGGCUCAGUACUAUGAAGUAUUCCUUCGACAGUCUCCAAUGGAACCCUGUCUUCUGUUUCAUGAAGGUGGAUACUGGCGUGAGCUCAUAGUUCGUACCAAUAAUCAAGGACAUACAAUGGCUAUCAUCAUUUUCCAUCCCCAGGAAUUAAGUCAGGAGGAGCUCCAUAUUCAGAAGGAAGCCAUAAAGGAAUUUUUCAUCAAAGGCCCUGGAGCAGUCUGUGACUUGACCUCACUUUACUUCCAGGAAUGCAAAAUGACCCGUUGUAGCCAUCAGCAGUCCCCCUACCAGCUCCUAUUUGGGGAACCUCAUAUCUUUGAAGAUCUCCUGGGUUUGAAGAUUCGCAUCUCUCCAGAUGCUUUUUUCCAGAUUAACACUGCUGGUGCAGAGAUGCUCUAUCGAACUGUGGGAGAGCUGAGUGGAGUGAAUUCUAAUACCAUCCUCCUUGACAUCUGCUGUGGAACUGGUGUGAUUGGCCUGUCUCUGGCUCGGCAUGCAUCCCAGAUCCUCGGGAUUGAAUUAGUGGAGCAGGCAGUAGAGGAUGCCAGGUGGACUGCAGCCUUCAAUGGCAUCACCAACUGUGAAUUUUACACUGGUAGAGCAGAAACGAUUUUGCCACAGCUACUCAAAUCAAAGGAAGAUAGGCAGUUAAUCGUUGCUGUGGUGAACCCAGCCCGCGCUGGACUGCAUUACCAGGUGGUUCAAGCAAUUCGAAACUGCAGGGCCAUCCGCACUCUAGUUUUUGUUUCCUGCAAGCCCCAUGGUGAAACCACAAGGAACAUUAUUGAGCUGUGCUGUGCUCCAAACUCUGCUAAGAAGCUUCUAGGUGAGCCUUUUGUCCUGAGCCGAGCUGUACCUGUGGAUUUGUUUCCCCAUACCCUGCACUGCGAGCUGGUGCUCCUCUUUACUCGAUAAGAAGCCUCCUAGAACACUGAAGGUUAUUUGUUGAGGCUGAAAUGUUGGAAACUUCCAGGUUUGUGAUAUUGUUACACUGCAGACUCUGAGAACAUUAUUAGGGAAACUAGUCUUUGGAUCAUGAACAGGAAGAAUAUAGUAGGCUCCUGUUUGAGGCAGAUUUAACCUUAAUUGUUAGGUUCCUCUGAUUAUUCAUGUUUGCCAAGUUUUGACCACUCACCACAUCUUGGCCCUAGAUUUAGACUUCUCCCUUCCUUUUCCUAUCAGCUGACAUAGAUCCCUUGGCACCAGUUUAUAGUCUUGUUUCCUCCUUCUCAUUCUGCUUGCAGCAUGACAACUGAGUUUUUUUAGCAGGUGAUAAUAAUUUCACAUUGCCUGGGAUCUGUGCAUUUUACUAUUUCUAGAUAUUUUAAGACUUAAAAGGUCAUGAGAUAAUCAAGAGUUAGAACUUGAACUUAAAAAAGCAGAGCCAGCUGCUAUAGUGAUUGUAGGGUGACUGAUCAUCAGUAGAGAUUCAUUCCUUUGGUUUUUUAGGAUUUGAGGCUUGUUGAAUAACCUUUAAAAAUAUGGUUUUCUCUAGGAACAACCAAUUAGAUAUCACCCACAGAAGGAGAUUGAAUUAUUGGGGAGACACCAAGGGAAGGGAGGUUUUCAAAGAAGAGAUCAAAUACCUGUAAUUGCUGUGUAGUAUGAAGGCAGAAAGCUACAGAAUCUGGAGCUAUUAUAAUAUGUAUUACAAUAAAGUAUAUAUGGAAAACUGA